CCGGCAGUCCAGGCUCGGUAAAUAUAACAGAGGAGAGGCUGCCGCGGUUCGUGUGGUUAGAGCUGGGGAUAGGGCAGUGGUGGAAACAUGUGCUGCUGGCUGUGGGAAUGGGAGUAGGAAGACAAUCCGGAUUAACUCCCAUCCUGGCCGGACCCUGAUCAGUGUUCUAGGUUUGGUUGAACAUUCCAAGGGUAGAACCCUCUCGGAAAGGUCCUUUCCCGUCUGUCUUUGGAGUCUGGAACCAAUGCUUUUGUACUAGAAGAAGACUUUGAGGAACCAACCCCACCAUCACCAGGAGCCAUUUCUUUGGUACCUUGGACUUGCACUUUUCCUCGAUGAAUCAAAAGAGAGACAUUACGAGUAUUUCUGCUAUGAACACCAUCAUGUUCAAUAAGCUCAGUGGCCAGGUGUUGUUUGAAGAAGCCACCAAUGACCGAGAAAGGGGUAUCCGGCCUUAUGUGGCUGUUAUGGAAGGUCCCAACCCUGAUGCAGUCCUUCAAGAUAGUGUUUCGAUGAAGGACAAUGCCAGCCUCAGACACCGACGGCCUGGAAGCUCAAGAGGAAGCAGCGGAAAAGUAAGACAUAAAAGGCAGGCGCUGCAGGACAUGGCGCGACCGCUAAAGCAGUGGCUUUACAAGCACCGGGAUAAUCCGUACCCCACCAAGACUGAGAAGAUUCUACUGGCACUUGGCUCCCAGAUGACCUUGGUGCAGGUUUCGAAUUGGUUUGCAAAUGCAAGACGCCGCCUCAAAAAUACUGUGAGACAACCAGACUUGAGCUGGGCUUUACGGAUCAAACUGUACAACAAGUACGUCCAAGGGAACGCCGAGCGGCUAAGUGUGAGCAGCGACGACUCCUGUUCAGAAGAUGGUGAGAACGCCCCGAGGAGUCAUGCUAAUGAAGAAAGAUACGACAAACCCAUUCACCAUACUGUGAUUAAUAACGAAAAUUCAGUCAUCAAAUCGGGUGUAAGAGCCGAGGCAAGUAGCAAUGAAGACUACGUGUCACCUCCAAAAUACAAGAGCAGUUUAUUGCACCGAUAUCUCAAUGACUCUUUGCGACAUGUCAUGGCUGCCAAUGCAGCGAUGAGAGAAAAAACCCGACAAAGGAACCACUCAGGGUCAUUUAGCUCCAAUGAGUUUGAAGAGGAAUUAGUGUCUCCUUCAUCGUCAGAAACCGAGGGCAAUUUUGUCUACCGUACAGAUACUUCAGAGUCUGGACCAAAUAAAUGCCAAAGUGCAGUUAAUAAAAAAGGAGCCAGCAAAGAUGAAACGUACUGGAGGGAAAUCAACGCAGCCAUGGCCUUAACGAACCUUGCGCAGGGCAAAGAUAAACUUCAUGGCACAACAAGUUGCAUCAUUCAGAAAUCUUCGCAUAUAUCAGAAGUGAAGACUGUCAAAGUUCCGAUUCUCCAGCAGUUUUAAUAACUGGACAUUCUGACCAGCCUCGGACUUAUCGACAGUGAACGAGAUACAUGCUCUGCACAUAACCUGUUUUUCAUUUUGGUUGUUAAACAGCCAUUGCUGAGAUUCGGACCCAUAUGUAUAAAAUACAUUUUCCUUUUUCAUCAGUUUCCACAGGACAUAAAACAUUUAAUGUCUUAAACUUUUAACCAAAAUACUAACUUAUUUUAUGCUACUUGGCAUAAAUAUUCAGCUUUUAAUUAAUAAAAAAAAUGUUUGCCUUGCUUUUACCAUACGUGCCUUGCAUUAAAGAAAUAAGCUACAACGUGGGCAUGAUAUCAAAUAUGAAUGCCUUAAAUUAUGAAUACCAUAAUGCUUUGUCUUCCUGUAUUUAAUCUUGGACUUCCUUUAGUCGGGUUAAAGUAAAAACUACCUGUGCUAUAAAAGCAAAUGGUCAAUUUUGUUUAUAAUGAAAAUGGACGCAUUGUGUUCUUUACAAUGUAUCAAUAUUGAAAAAAAAAUGUGUUAAAAACAAAAAAUAUCUUUGUGUUAUGUUUGA